AAUUAUUAACCACUAAUAAAUAUUAUAUUUUAAAAGCAUGGUUAAAAAAUUAUAUAACAUCUGGUACCUUAGAUCACAUACUACGUCGAUGUAGAGAAGUGACUAUAUAUAUUAAGAAGUGACAUACUAUAUAUUAUAGUAUGUCUGGUAUUAUAGUUGAUUUAUUCAUCACUUGGCGGGUAUAUCCACGAUUAAAGAUAUGCAUAGUAGACAAGUACUAACGUGUAUAUCACGAUUUAUGAUUUAUGAUAUAUCUUUAAUCGUGGUUUUAAAUUGUUAAUGUAUAAAAGUAAGUAGUAAUUAUAGUACUAAGGUAUUUAGGUAUUAUAUAUAAAUACUUGGUUUUCACAAUUAAGAAAUUUACGUGGUUAAAAUAAGUUAAAGAGACCACUAGAUAGUGCUACUAGUCAGUACAUUUUUAAUCGCGCUUUUCGAGCUGUGUUAUACAGUCUCGAUGUGUAACCAGUAUAUCUUUAAUCGUGCGUAUAUCACAUAUUACAACAGCUGUUCUAUGGUUUAAUGUUUUACCAGUGUCCAGUAACCAUUAACCAUAAAAAUAAGUUCGGAACCUUUCACAAAAAAAAAAACUUUUAGAUAAUAGAACAUUCAACAUCUUUUUUCUAUGAUUCAACAUUUAAUCUUUUUAGAGUUUUCUAUGAAAUAUUGAAUUAUAAAUAUUACUAUAUUAGACUGUGUGUCGUAUUUUCGUAUGUCUCGAAAGUACCCAGUUCCGGACACCAGUAUCUGUAUAUUAAUUAUCAAAAAUUGCCAGCGACCGUGCUUUCAAAUUUUAUCGUCACAUCUGCAUUAAACGAUCAAACUCGUGGGAAGCAAUUAUUGACUUUUGUCGCCGUCGUAAAUUUAGUGUUUAAAUCCAUUGAAUACCUGACUUUCGUCAAAAACAAUUAAAUCGAUCGAUAAAAAUACUUUAAAAUUAUUCAUAACCCAUCCAUUUAACUCGGAUAUCACUACAUAGUGCGUCAGAAAUUAGAUUUUUUGUGAACGAGGGAACGGUAGUCUGUUUGAAAUUCCCCAUAGGAUCGUCGGGAUUUCGACGACAUGUCUGUCAAGUAUGUAUUGGUGUCUGACGAAGAAUAUGGUGAAGCGGUCGAACUGCCACUUGAAGACAAUGGUACAUUACUGCUAUCUACGUUAACAGCCCAGUUUCCGGGGGCUAGUGGUCUUAAAUUUCGCACUGAAAACAAUGUUGUCAGAGGCGUUCGGUUGGCUGACUUCCGAUUCCAUGUGCCUGACAACGAAUGGGGAAAGACACCUUACUACUGUGUUUUCCCUAAAGUGGAAAAUAAGAGAAAGAUUGAUGAUAGUGUAGAAAAUCCAACAGCUAAAACCAAGAGAUUAGAGACAAAAUUGAAAUGUUCAGACUUAGUUGUCUUAAAUAUACCAUAUACUUAUGAUGAACAAAAAUUAAAAGAAUACUUUGGUCAAUUCGGAGAACUACUUAUGUUGCAGAUAAAAAGAGAUAAAAAUGGACAAUCUCGAGGAUAUGGAUUUUUAAGAUAUACUAACUUAGAAUCACAAGUAAGAGUUCUUUCUCAGCGUCACAAGAUUGAUGGUCGUAAUUGUGAAGUUAAGGUUCCCAAGUCUAAGGAAGGUAAUGGUUCAGAGCUUUCUGGAAAAGUAUUUGUGGGUCGUGUGACAGAAGAUUUAACAGCUGAUGACAUUCGUGAGUAUUUCAGCAAAUUUGGAGAAGUCAUCAAUGUGUUCGUACCCAAAAAUCCAUUCCGCGGAUUUGCAUUUGUAACUUUCCUUGAUCCUGAAGUAGCUGCUAGUUUAUGUGGUGAAGAUCAUAUUGUUAAAGACGUUUCGGUGCGUGUUUCCGAAGCCGCCCCAAAACCACAAGCUCCCAAAAAUCGUCAUCAAACUCCCCCACCUAGUGAACCCUGGGAGCGUUCUAAUAAUCGUCAUAAUGACAAUUAUCGAAAUUGGUAUCACUCACAACAUGAUAAUCGGGGGAGUGUAGACAUGCCUAAUCUACAGUCAUUGGGGAUUAAUGGUCAAGACAGCUAUAACCCAAUGUUGCCUUUGAGUCCGGCUAUUGUUGCUGCUGCAUUAACGCAAGCUGCUGGAUGGAGUCUAGCUAAUGGUCGUAUGAUGCCACCACCACCGCCUCCUAGUGGAAACAAUCAAUGGUCUCAACAUGGUCUUAACUCUCAACGAAAUAACUAUAAUAACAGGAAACGUUCUAAUAAUGAUUACAAUUCUUCAGGCAAUCGCUAAAAAGAUAAUGGUAAUAUAAUACAAAGUUAAAUGAAUAAUAUCAAUAACAAUUUAUUUACUGUCCUUAAACCAUACCAGUUUUUCUAACAUAUUCAAUAUGUACAUUGUACAUACAUGAUUAUUACAAAUAAAUAAAAUUAAAUGGCUUAUGUUUUGUAGUUACAAUUUUGUUCCAGUUGAAAUGUUAUUAGUAUAAUGAUUAUUUUUAUUAAAAUACAACUUUUUUUGAUACAGAAUGUGGCAUAGAAAAAAAAACCUUAUUUACUGGACAAAUUAACUUUUUAAUCAAAAUUUAAAAAGUAGAUAUACAUUACACGCAUACGAAUAGGUGUAUGUAUAAACCAUUUUUUUAUGCAUCAGAGUAUGUAUUAAAUAUAUACAUAUAGGUACUUGUGUAUUCUUUGUUUAUAAAUCUAUUUAUUGUUACUACUAUAUAAUUGUUAAGGAUUAUCUUAAUAUUAAUAGAAUACAUAUUUAAAUUAUUAAUUAUCCUUUGGUGGUACGAAUGAACUUACAAAUGGUAUGAACGUAAUUUGUAUGACAUUAUUUGAUUGGAAAUUAUUCUAUCUCAUUAAAACAUUUAAUAACUUUGUUUUACUUUGUGGCCUGAACACAUGGUAAUACAAUAUUAUAUACUAAAAAAAAAUAGUUUUACUUUCAAAAAUAGUUUUAUUAUGUGUCUGUAUGUCUACUGUAUACACUUAAGACUGGAUUUUUUUUGUUACGCAAUGAAAAUAUGGAUGGUAUUAUGGCUUUCAAUAUCCACAAUACAGUUAUUUUUUUUUUACCUUACAUAAUUAUUAAUUGUACUACCAGCUAAUUUUUUUUUUAAUCUCAAGUGUCAUGUACUUCUACGUUUUCUGACAAUUGAAAAAUAUUUGUUAUUUUCUUAUAUCUAAAUUUGCUAUUAGUUUUUCAAUAAAAUUAUGUUAUAUUAUGUCAUAUUAUAUUAUAUUAUAUACAUUCGUAAAAAUAUUUUAACCAAAUCUAUUUGAAAAUAAAAUCAAGUUUUAAAAUAGUAUGUCAUAAUAUAUGUAUAAUGUAUAUAUAUAUAUUUAUUUGUUUGUCUUUCCCAAUAGUUGACUGUAUCAAUGUUUUCUAUAAUAACAUGUAUGCAUAAAAUAUAAUCAACUUCCAAAAUAUUGAUUCUGGUUGGUUAUUUGUCAAUUAGUUAUUCUACUAAUGUUUGACUUAUGCUUAAUUUGUUUAAAACAAAAUUAUAAAUAUGAUGGUUUUUAUCUUUUAUUUGAAUAAAAUUACAUCAUAAUAGUUAUUAUUCUAAUAAAAUCUAAUACACAUUUGAAAAUCAAGUUUGAGUCAGAGUAUUUUAUUUAAUUUAUGUUUUUAGUAUAUCUCAAUUACAGUGAUAAUUGUUAAUUAAUGUUGCUAAGUAAUAUUAAUAAUUGUUAAUUAAAAAAAAAAAAUGUGUUUAUUGGGUAUGUAGUAAGUUAUUAAGCAUGAUUGCCAUAAUCCUCCUUGUAUAUAUAAUUAUUUCUAGUCUGACUGAAUGAACGAUGAUUUAAUUGUGAUUGUUAUCAUUAUUGUCGUAGACUAUUUUGUCUGCCAGCAAUGAAUAAGUUGUUUCAUUUUAACCUUUUUUAAAUGUAUGCAAAAUUAUCUGCCUGUAUGGAGUGCUCAGUUUAAACUUUAAACAUUGAGUUAAAUAUGUCUUUUACGAUGUCAUAAUGGAGUAAUGUGAUAAUUAUUUGUUGCUGAAAAUAUAAAAUUGAAAUGAAAUUCGGUCUAUAAUAUUGUCGAAUAGCUGUCAAUCUGUGUCCAUGAAUGUAUUCAGCAAACGGAACAUCUUCAAUGUUUUGUAAGUAUGUAUGUUUUCAUGUGUGUUAACUCAGAUUCUCGAUUAUGUAUAAUUUUUGUUUUGUUUAUUUUACCAGCAUGUAUGUUUUAUUUUUAUCCUGUUUAUAAAGCUGAGCUUUGAAAUAUAUUGGACAUAUUGAUCAGCUUACAUGUAAAUUAAUUAUGAUUUGUUCUGUUUGGUUUACAAAUAGGUAUUUUUUUAUUUAACCAAUGCAAAACCAUUUUUUAUACAACAUUACGUGAGAAAUUUACCAAAUGUAUCUGACAGCCAAAUGUUAUCAAACAAAUGUUUAUUCAAUAAAAACUGAAAAUGCCUUGAAGAAGUAGAAUCCAACAAGAAAUGCCUUUCAAUUGAAAGAAUGGUUAUUGUAACCAAAAAUCUUUGCUAAUAACAUUUUAUGAAAGGAUGUAUGAUUAUUCAAAGAACAACAACAACAAAUUGUCCUAAGCAAGAGAUAAGUUCAAGGCACUAGCAGGCAGAUGUUAUUCUGUGGAUCAUGGACAAAACUGAGAGAAUAAUAAUUAUUGUAUGAUACAGGAACGGUGCAUAAAUGCUAGAAUUCAUUGCUAGAAUGAAAAAAAAAAUGUUUGGAAGGCCUUGUAACUGUAUUGAAAUGUACAAGUUAUUUUUUGUUUCUGUUUUGUGCGAGACAUUAUAAUUCAUAAAUCAUAAUAUAUUAUAAUAAGUUAAAUA